CUAGCCGUCACAUGGUGAGGACCGAAUGCGCGGAUAAUUAUGGAGCUGAUAUUUCCCCCCCUCCCCUUCUUUUCCCUCCCGCCCCUCCAACCGCCCCCCCUCCCGGAUGGGGAAAAAAAAAGAUGUCAGCUCCUCCGCUGUAGUAUUGCUCCUUAAAAACCCCUCUCUCUGAAAAUGACAUGCCCUCGCAAUGUAACUCCGAACUCGUACGCUGAGCCCUUGGCUGCGCCCGGCGGAGGAGAGCGCUAUAGCCGGAGCGCAGGCAUGUAUAUGCAAUCUGGGAGUGACUUCAACUGCGGGGUGAUGAGGGGCUGCGGGCUCGCGCCCUCGCUCUCCAAGAGGGACGAGGGCAGCAGCCCCAACCUCGCCCUCAACACCUACCCGUCCUACCUCUCGCAGCUGGACUCCUGGGGCGACCCCAAAGCCACCUACCGCCUGGAACAACCUGUUGGCAGGCCGCUGUCCUCCUGCUCCUACCCACCUAGUGUCAAGGAGGAGAAUGUCUGCUGCAUGUACAGCGCAGAGAAGCGGGCGAAAAGUGGCCCCGAGGCAGCUCUCUACUCCCACCCCCUGCAGGAGUCCUGCCUCGGGGAGCACGAGGUACCCGUGCCCAGCUACUACCGCGCCAGCCCGAGCUACUCCGCGCUGGACAAGCCGCCCCACUGUGCCGGGGCCAACGACUUCGAAGCCCCUUUUGAGCAGCGGGCCAGUCUCAACCCGCGCGCCGAACAUCUGGAGUCGCCCCAGCUCGGGGGCAAAGUGAGUUUCCCUGAGACCCCCAAGUCCGACAGCCAGACCCCUAGCCCCAAUGAGAUCAAGACCGAGCAGAGCCUGGCGGGCCCAAAAGGCAGCCCUUUGGAGAGCGAAAAGGAGCGGGCCAAAACCGCGGACUCCAGCCCAGACACCUCGGAUAACGAAGCGAAAGAGGAGAUAAAGGCAGAAAACACCACAGGAAAUUGGCUGACAGCAAAGAGCGGAAGGAAGAAGAGGUGCCCCUAUACUAAACACCAGACGCUGGAAUUGGAGAAAGAAUUUCUGUUCAAUAUGUAUUUGACGCGAGAGCGCCGCCUGGAGAUUAGCAAGACCAUUAACCUUACAGACAGACAAGUCAAAAUCUGGUUUCAAAAUCGCAGAAUGAAACUCAAGAAAAUGAACCGAGAGAAUCGGAUCCGGGAACUGACCUCCAAUUUUAAUUUCACCUGAGCGCGCGGCCUCCCCUCCCCCUCCCCCCUCUCCCCGCUCCUUCCUUUCCCCGCCCCUCCUCCCUUUGUGCCUGGUGGUAUAUUUUUUUUUUUUCCCUCCCUGAGUAUAAAUGCAACGCGCCUGCAAAAAAAGGCAAAGACCUCAGACUCUCCUUCCAAGGGACCUAUGGUUCGUGCUGCGAAGAUGCAUCCACCUAAAGCAUGAGAAAUGGGGUGCCGGGGUGUGGGGUGUGGUGUGCCCGCAUAGACAAGGGUGGGAGUGUGGCUGGUGUGUGUGUCAACCCCUCACUCACCCACGCACUCACACACACCAUCCUGUCCUCCAUGCAAAGUUAAGGUCGAAUCCACCCGAUCAUAGGGGGGAAAAGAGGGAAAAAAAAAUCAACCAGAGAAGGUCUGUAAUCUCGCAGAGCACAGUCAGAAUCGCUCCUUCCUUGCUGCAUUUCCUCCUUAGGAUAAUAGACGUUUUGGAAAGUUCGGCUAGUGUUUUGUGUGUUUGUCGUAGCGCCCAGCGCCUCCAGCAAACCCUCUCCGUGUCUUUACCUCCUGGUUGCUCUGAGAAUCUGCUUGAAGUCUCGUAUUUGUACUGCUUUCUGCUUUUCUCCCAAUCCUCCCAGCACCCCCACAUCCCCCCGCCACUGACACCUCAGAAAUUCCAUCCAGAGGAAUACAAAAAAAAAAUUUAAAAAUUUAAAAUAGAACAUAGUGAAGCAAAGACAGAAUUCCCCCCCCCCCUCUCCCAAAUAUCGCCCUGUCCCUGUCUGGGAGUUGUGUUAUUUAAAGAUAUUCUGUAUGUUGUAUCUUUUGCAUGUAGCUUCCUUAAUGGAGAAGAAAAUCCUAAUAAAUUUCCAGAAUCGUAA